AUGCAUCUAAAAAUUAUGUGCAUAAACAAUGAAGUCAGGGAGAUGUACAAAAAUCACAAGGCGUAUCACGAAGGAGAUAGCGGACUAGAUUUAUUUGUAAUUAAGGAUGAAGUGCUUAAACCGAAAGCAACUACAUUUGUUAAACUAGGAAUAAAAGUAAUAGCUUUACAGUAUAAAUACAAUUAUUAUUAUAAAUGCAAUAAAAACAGUAACAGCAAUAAUGGCAAUAAUUGUAAUAAUAGCAGUAACUGCAAUAAUUGCAGUAAAAAUGAAAAUAGUGGAAACAAUAAUAAUAAUAUACCAGAAAUAGUAAACACUAGUUUUUUACUAUUUCCUCGUAGUAGUAUUUCAAAGACACCUUUAAGAUUAGCUAACUCGAUAGGUUUAAUAGAUGCAGGAUAUAGAGGUGAAAUUAUCGCUGCUUUAGAUAAUACUAGUAAUGAAGAAUAUGUUAUUAAAAAAAAUGAUAAGCUGGUUCAGUUAGUUUCUUUUACUGGAGAACCCCUUUCUUUUGAAUUAGUGGAUGAGUUAGACGAAACAUCAAGAGGUGAGGGUGGUUUUGGUUCAACGUCUAACAAGAAAAAUUGA